AUGGGCAAUUGUUGUAAAUAAACUGCUUAAAAGAAUUUCUCUUCUUCAAUCCAACUUAAUGAUUUCUUAUAAAGAAAAUCUUUGCCUCCUGAGUAAUUAGAAGUAUUUGAAUAUUCAAAAUCUAGCAACUCUAAAACCCAAUUUAUCAUCAGAGCUCUCUUAUGAUAAAGACAAUUACUUGGAUUAAAGAUUCACAUGAUCUUUUUGAUUAUGAGAACACUAAUCGAGUAACUUAAUAUUUGAUGAUCAAUUCUUCUAAUAAAUUGUAUAGAGAUAAAACGAGUGGAAUAAUUCAUUCAAAUGAAUAUAAGACGAGUGGAAUAAAUACUUAAAAUCAAUAAGGGAAAACAUUGAUCUAAAUAGAAAAUAGACAAAAUUGUUUUUGGAUACAACCUAGAGUAAAUGUUUAGAUAAAAUAUAUAGCAAACAAAAAAUAAUGAUUAUCAUGUUUGGUUAGUUAUUAAAUCAAUUUAAUAAAACGAUUAUGGUGUGAAACUACAAUAUAAUGAUGUGAUAAGAGUAGGGAAAGUUGAAAUAAAAUUAAAAGAAUUAAAGUUUAUAGAAGGUGAGAAAAAAAUAGAUGAAAAUGAGACAAUUGUAAGUUAAAGUGUUGAUGAGUAACGCUGUAGAAUUUGUUUAAUUGGUUCUGAAAGUGCAGAUGAUCCUAAGAUUGAACCAUGUAAUUGUUCUGGCACAAUGGCAUUUAUUCAUUUGAAGUGCUUAUAACAUUGGAUAGUGACAAAAUAUAAAAUGGAAAAUUGUAAUUCGAUAGUAUUUUUAUGGGAUUAGAUGAAAUGUGAAUUGUGUCAUAGUAAUUUCAAACGAAAAUUGUAAUUGAAUGGUUAAAGAGUUGAUUUAGUUGAAAUAAGCAAGAGACAAUUUUAAAAUUAUGCAGUGUUAGAGAUCAAAAAGUCAUUACUAAAAUCAAAAGAAAGAUAGACUUAUAUUCUCAAUUUGUAAAAGCUUGAAGAGUUUAAAAUAGGCAGGGCAAAUGAUAAUCAUAUUCGAUUAUGUGAUAUUAGUGUGAGUAGAUUACAUUGUAAAUUAAUAUUGGUAACGAUGUGAAUUGUAUUUAGCAUAAUAAUGAAUUUUAUAUUGAAGACAAUAAUUCAAAAUUUGGAACUCUACUGAAGUUAAGGAAUUCGAUGCCAAUAUUAAGAGAGUUUUAAAAUAUGCAAAUAUAAGUUGGGCGAACGUUGUUUGAAUUCGAGAACGUAAGCAAUGAUUGCUGCAAAUGAUUAUU